AAUCUUAUCACAGUACAGUAAAGACCUCUGGUCAGCAAAUUCAAGGUUAUUGAACUAAUGUGCAUAUAUCUGUCAACUUUCCAGUACCAAACAUUUUCUGGCUUUGAAAAGAUUUGGGUUACUACUCGCUUUAAUAAAUUGAGAGUUUAAAAUACAGUUUAGGAGAAUGAAUUCGUCAAAGAAAGAUGAAAACUCUGGGGGAAAUUGCGUUUUUCUUGAAGUGAAGACUACGAAGGAUAGUUCGUCCCAUGGGCAUACUCAUGAGCACGGACAUACUCACGAACACAUGACAACUCCUGGUGCAUAUUCUUCACGUGAUCUGCCUUUAUCAAGAAAGGACUUCGACAAAAGAUCAUUCACAGUCGGCAUUGGAGGUCCUGUUGGCUCAGGCAAAACAGCUUUAGUGUUAGCCUUAUGUAAAUACUUGAGAGAAAAACACAAUCUAUGCAUUGUAACAAAUGAUAUUUUUACAAGGGAAGAUUGGGAAUUUUUAGUUAAAAAUAAAGCUUUACCAGAGGACCGAAUAAAAGCGGUAGAAACGGGUGGUUGUCCUCAUGCAGCUAUUCGUGAGGAUUAUUCCUUAAAUUUGGAAGUUGUAAAAGAUUUAACAAGAGCAUAUAAACCAGAGUUAGUAUUCUUAGAGUCAGGAGGUGACAACCUGGCGGCAAAUUUCAGCAGAGAUUUGGCUGAUUAUAUUAUUUAUGUCAUCGAUGUAGCAGGUGGCGAUAAAAUUCCUCGUAAAGGUGGACCUGGCAUUACAGAGAGUGAUCUACUUGUGAUCAAUAAAACUGAUUUGGCAGAAGCAGUUGGAGCAAGCCUUGAU